AUGGAAUGGAUGCAAUAUUCGUGCCUCUAUGAUUUUAGAAGACAUGACGGUGGUUUCCUCGAGCGCGCUCUUCGCGUGCCCUUAUCGUACGUGGACGAAUCGGACACUGGUUCCGAAGCGCCUGCAGAGGAGGCUGUUUGCAUCCGUUUGGCGGCCGGUCCGGACGGACGCUUCGGUUUCAACGUGAGGGGAGGAGGCGGUGCCCCGGUGCUUGUAUCCCGGGUCGCGCCCAGGACUCGGGUGCAGUUACAAGAGGGUGAUCAGGUGAUAUCCAUAAACGGCAACGACGUGGAUGAGAUGACGCAUGAACAAAUGGUGCAGAUGAUCAGGAACACUCGGGGAGUCCUCACGCUGGUCGUCAAACCCAACGGUAUGUUUGAACGAAUUAAUAGAUUCUCAGAUGCUUCAAACUUGGAGUGCAAGUGUGGUUGUGUUCCCCAGUCAAUGAAGCACAGUGAUGACUGCGUGCCCAAACAACUGCACGCAGGAAGAUUUAUGAAUGCUGCUGACUACUCCACUCUAGUAGAGUUUUGGGCUGACACUGUGUAG